CACUUAUCGAACUUUCCGAAAAAGGCGGUUAUGAACCAGCCUUACUAAACGUUGGACGUGGACGUCAGGAACUAAAUACUAACAUGCGGAAUAAUUCAAGGCACAUACUAGACGACGAACAACUCGCUGACGCAUUGUGGUUUCGUGUCAAGGAUCUAGUGCCAGAUGAAUGGAACGACUUUCCGGUAGUAGGAUUAAAUGAAAGAUUCCGAUUUUUACGAUAUGAUCCCGGGGAACGUUUUAAUUACCAUCAGGAUGGAAACUAUCAGCGGCCAGAUGGUAGCGAGACUUCGUUUUUAUCAUUUCUAUUAUAUCUGAAUGAAGGAUUUGUUGGGGGAGAAACAGCGUUUGCGAGAUCUAAUAAAAAAAUAAAGGUUACUCCUAAAACCGGAAGAGUGUUAAUUUAUGAGCAUUCAUUGAACCAUGAAGGCGCUGUG